GUGCAUUUCAAGUUUUAGUUAGUUCGAGUCUUUGAACGCGUUAGAAUGUUUCUACUCAGUAUCGCGGCAAUUGUUUUAAUAUCGUGUAUAGUGCUGUACGGCAAGAGAUAUGCACGGGUCGUUAGACACAUUGACGGACAAUUUCCAGGACCAAGAGCCUAUCCGAUAUUCGGCAAUUUAUUGCAAUUGGGUUUUACGCCAGACGCUUAUUUGAGAACACUAUUAAAAUGGGGCGAACAGUAUGAUUACAAAAACAUGCGUCUUUGGGCUGGACCACUGCCUUAUGUGUUAAUAAUGGAAACCAAGUAUCUUGAGCAUGUGCUAAGCAGCACCUCUUUGGCAUAUAAAGAAGAUCCUUAUACCAUGCUGUAUCCCUGGCUGGGCAGAGGACUUCUGACUUCAAAUGAUCAUCAAUGGGCCGUACGUCGUAAGCUCAUAACGCCUUCGUUUCACUUUAGAAUCCUUAAGGACUUUCUGCAUGUCAUUAAUGAGACAACUGGUCGCUUUAUGACGCUACUGGAAAAAGAAUCUGCUACAGCUCACAACCAGAUGAUCGAUAUUCAAGAACUGGUCACAAGGAAUACUAUUGACGUUAUUUGUGAGACUGCAAUGGGCUUUCGGGUCAACAGCAUUGAGGGGAAACCUUCGCCGAUAGUAGAAGCCAUAAAUAUCCUCUGUCACAUUAUUCCCGAACGCGUAUUUGCCAUUGUGAAGCGCAUUGACUUCUUCUUUAAAAUGACCCCAUUAUACAAACAGCAGCAGGAGGCUCUGGCCACUUUACGUAAAGAGUUUGCAAAGAUUAUUGAACAGCGUCGCCUAUUAAUUAACUCUUCAAGUUAUCAAGCGUCGUUAGAAAGUAAUGAUGACGUCUUCGAGUCCAAGCGUCCUAAAAUGGCAUUCCUUGACAAUCUUCUGACGGCCGAGGUGGAAGGUAAACCAAUGUCAUUCCAAGACAUUUUUGAAGAAGUUUCUACAUUUAUGUUUGAGGGUCACGAUACUACGGCCUCGGCCAUAACAUUUGCCAUUUUGUGUAUGGCAUUAACGCCCGAGACUCAACAAAAGGCAUAUGAGGAGCAACUGAAAAUCUUUGGGGAUGAUAAAACAAGUCAUCCCACAUACGAUAAAGUGCAAGAGAUGAAGUAUCUGGAUCUGGUGAUCAAGGAGACAAUGCGACUUUUUCCCAGUGUGCCAUACAUUUUUCGCUUUAUUCGCAAUUCGACUGUAAUUUUGGAUAAAUACUUGCCGAAAGGAACGACAAUUGCAUUGCCCAUUCUGUCAAUCGGACAUAGUCCACACAGUUUUGAUGCACCUUUUGAAUUUCAACCCGAACGCUUCGAGGUUGACAAACGCUCCCAAGCAAGUGCCUUCGAUAAUGUGCCCUUCAGUGCCGGACCCAGGAACUGUAUAGGUCAAAAGUUUGCGCUGCUGGAGCUUAAAGUGACGCUGUCAAAAAUAAUUCGCAAAUUUCAAAUUCUGCCUGCUCCUUUGUCGAAGCAGACCAUAGCUCAAAUCUUCGAUUCUCGCUAUCGACCUGGACCGCAAGAAGUGAAACUCCAAGUGGCCCUAACGCUCAAGUCCAUGACAGGAGUUUUAGUUCGACUCCAAAAGCGACCAUAACACAAACUUUUUUUAUUUUUUAUUAUUCUCUAAUUUUUGUUUAAUUUACGGCGUGGCUUUAUUAUAUUUCCUUAAGAUUAAGGUGAUAAUAUUUUAAUAAUACAAUAAUAAACAAGGAAUAAUCCUAAAA